CAUACAGACCCUCUAACAGGCAAAAGCCGAAAAGGCAAGAGCCCAACUCUAAAGAAGCCAGCUUUGUGGCGUCAAGGGGCAUUAUUUGGUUAUGUUGUAAACGAUGUUUCUGGUAGAAGCAGGGGUGGUAAGCUUUUCAGAGCUCCAAUUGGGCUUUUGCCGGAUGGUUCGGGAACCGGGAGAAACGGCACGCGGUUCGGACUCUUGUUUAUAUUCUGCGCUUGCAAACCUAGAUCUUUAGAGCUCCGAGUAGCAUCAAAACAGUCACAGCGACUUUCGCCGAUCUUUCAAUCAUAAUCAGAGUUGGCUUGACGCUUAACGAUGCUGCAGCGCUCGGGAGGUCGCGUGGUGGCGGGGCUACUUCAGAUUGCCCGUGGAUCCACUGCCAGCGAUGUGGGCGCGCUUCGUGGAAUCAGUGCCUCGGCGGGCGCCCUUUCGGACGCCGUCAUCGGCAUCGAUCUCGGAACCACCAAUUCUUGCGUGGCCGUGAUGGAGGGCAAGAGCCCACGUGUGAUUGAGAACGCGGAGGGCGCCCGCACCACCCCCUCCGUCAUCGCCUUCACGGACAAGGGCGAGCGCCUGGUGGGCCUGCCUGCCAAGCGCCAGGCCGUGACCAACCCCACCAACACCGUGUACGCCACCAAGCGCCUCAUCGGCCGCGGCUACGACGACCCGCAGACCCAGAAGGAGGCCAAGAUGGUGCCCUACAAGAUCGUCAAGGCCAAGAACGGCGACGCCUGGGUGGAGGCCGCCGGGCAGCAGUACAGCCCCAGCCAGAUGGGCGCCUUCGUGCUGACCAAGAUGAAGGAGACGGCGGAGGCCUACCUGGGCCACCCCGUGAGCAAGGCGGUCAUCACCGUGCCGGCCUACUUCAACGACUCCCAGCGCCAGGCCACUAAGGACGCGGGCAAGAUUGCCGGCCUGGAGGUUCUGCGCAUCAUCAACGAGCCCACCGCCGCCGCGCUGGCGUACGGCACCGACAAGAAGGAGGGCCUCAUCGCGGUGUACGACCUGGGCGGUGGCACCUUUGAUAUCUCCAUCCUGGAGAUCAUGGGCGGCGUGUUCGAGGUCAAGGCCACCAACGGAGACACCUUCCUGGGAGGCGAGGACUUUGACAACACCAUCCUGAACUACCUGGUGGGCGAGUUCAAGAAGGAGUCGGGCAUCGACCUGUCCAAGGACCGCCUGGCGGUGCAGCGGCUGCGCGAGGCCAGCGAGAAGGCCAAGUGCGAGCUGUCCUCCACCACCUCCACAGAUAUCAACCUGCCCUUCAUCACCGCCGACGCCUCCGGCCCCAAGCACCUGAACAUGCAGCUCACGCGCGCCAAGCUGGAGCUGCUGGUCAAGGAGCUGCUGGAGCGGACCAAGCAGCCCUGCCUGCAGGCCAUGAAGGACGCGGGUGUGCAGCCCAAGGACAUUCAGGAGGUGCUGCUGGUGGGCGGCAUGACGCGCAUGCCCAAGGUGAACGAGAUCGUGAAGGAGGUGUUCCAGCGCGACCCCAGCAAGGGUGUCAACCCGGACGAGGUGGUGGCCAUGGGCGCGGCCAUCCAGGGCGGCGUGCUGCGCGGCGACGUCAAGGACAUCCUGCUGCUGGACGUGACGCCGCUGUCGCUGGGCAUUGAGACCCUGGGCGGCGUGUUCACACGCAUGAUCAACCGCAACACCACCAUCCCCACCAAGAAGUCCCAGGUCUUCUCCACCGCCGCCGACAACCAGACGCAGGUGGGCAUCAAGGUGUUCCAGGGCGAGCGCGAGAUGGCCGCCGACAACAAGCUGCUGGGGCAGUUCGACCUGGUGGGCAUCCCGCCCGCGCCGCGCGGCGUGCCGCAGGUCGAGGUGACGUUCGACAUUGACGCCAACGGCAUCGUGCACGUGUCCGCCAAGGACAAGGCCACGGGCAAGGAGCAGAGCGUGCGCAUCCAGUCCAGCGGCGGCCUCAGCGACGACCAGAUCAACCAGAUGGUCCGUGACGCGGAGACGUACGCGGAGAAGGACAAGACGCGCAAGGAGCUGAUCGAGGCCAAGAACGAGGCCGACACCGCCAUCUACACCACCGAGAAGUCGCUGGCCGAGUACAAGUCCAAGCUGCCGCAGGCGGUGGUGGACGAGAUCCAGAAGGCCAUUACCGAGUGCCGCGCCGCGUCGCAGUCUGAGGACCUUCCCGACCUCAAGGCCAAGAUCCAGGCGCUGUCCACCGCCUCCAUGAAGAUCGGCGAGACCCUGGCGCAGCAGUCCGGCAGCAGCAGCAGCAGCAGCAGCAGCAGCUCGGGCUCGUCGGACUCCGGCAGCAGCUCCUCUGAGGAGAAGAAGUAAACACGCGGCAUGUGUGGGCACACGCUGAGAGUGCAGCACCCGAAUCGGGCGUGGCACGUUUGCGAAGGAGCCGGAGGAGCAGCGGAAGACGAUGAGGAGGCGCGGCGGAGGAGCGGCAGCGGCGCAGGCGGAAGGGGGGCGCAGCGAUUGAUGGGGGGUGGGGUGGGGGCGGGUGCCUGAGAGGAGUGGAGCAGGAGCAGAAUUUGGGCGGCAGCUGCGCGCACACAUGCACGCGCAAAGGCGCGGCACCGCGACGGGGGCUGACUAGCCAACGCGACGCGGCCACUGCAGCAGCUGCAGCAGUAGCAGCGGCAGUGCAAUUUUGUGACCGCUGGCUGCCGAGAGCGCUUCCAAUUCCGGGGGCUGUGAGGACAGAGUGGCAGGGCGCGUGUCGUGCAGGCGUUGCCGGCGGGCGGAGGCAUGAGGGCGGAGUUGCCGCGCUGGAGUAGAGUGAUGGAGCUGUGGAGCAGCGCUGCAUGCAAUGCGGCCGGUCUGGCGCUCGGGAGUGCCUCCGCGCAGUGCCACUGUUGGUUGGGUUCAUGGUCAGCGGUUGCGUUUGCCGUCACAGGCAGCAGUUGGCGCGGCAUUGUAUGCAAUGGGUAGACAAAGUAGGAUGUGUUUGCGCGUGGUUCCCGCAGUGAAGCAGGCUGCCAGGCAUUGAUGUAGGAGCGUCAGUUGGAGCAGCGGGCGUGGGAGCAAGCAUGGUGUGAACUGGUGGGGUGGCAUGGACAGGGGAGGGGGGCGGUCUGGCCUGCCAGCGGCAGACUGGGAGGUCGUGUUGGCGCAAAGGAGCCGCACCGCCUGAAAUGCGUGGGCAGGCGCGCAGGCGUGUGGCAAGGGGCUCAUGUUACAAACAUGGCAAGU